AGGCGCAUCUCCAAUCUCUGCGACUGCAGCGGAAGGGGGAACUCGGAUCCGGCGGCUGGCGACUCAGUCGCUUGCAGAGCGGAGGCGCGCGAGGUGUGCGGCUGCAAGGCUGAGCCUCUGCGGGGAAGAAGGCGCGGGACCUCGGCCUGAGGAGACGCUGAAAAAGAGGAGUCCUGGGAAGACUCCUGUGGAGGAAGAUGCCCAGUACCGACCUUCUAAAGUUGAAGGACUUUGAGCCUUACUUGGAGAUUUUGGAAGCAUAUUCCACAAAAGCCAAGAAUUAUGUGAAUGGGUAUUGCACCAAAUACGAGCCCUGGCAGCUAAUUGCGUGGAGUGUUCUAUGCACCCUGCUGAUAGUCUGGGUGUAUGAGCUUAUCUUCCAGCCAGAGAGUUUAUGGUCACGGUUUAAAAAGAAAUUAUUUAGGCUAAUAAGGAAGAUGCCAAUUGUUGGACGCAAGAUUGAAGAGCAGUUGCGGAAGACGAAGAAAGAUCUCAUCAAGCACAUGCCGUUCCUGAAGGUGGACAGAGAGUAUGUGAAAGCUCUGCCUGCUCAGGGCCUGAGCACAGCUGAGGUUCUGGAGAAACUCAAGGAGUACAGUUCCAUGGAUGUCUUCUGGCAAGAAGGGAAAGCCUCAGGAGCUGUGUACAAUGGGGAGCCGAAGCUCACAGAGUUGCUGGUGCAGGCUUAUGGAGAGUUCGCCUGGAGCAACCCUCUGCAUCCAGAUAUCUUCCCUGGACUACGGAAGUUAGAGGCAGAAAUUGUAAGGAUGACUUGUUCCCUUUUCAACGGGGGACCAGAUUCCUGUGGAUGUAUGACAUCUGGGGGCACAGAAAGCAUCCUGAUGGCUUGCAAAGCUUACCGGGACUUGGCCUUUGAGAAGGGGAUCAAAACUCCAGAAAUUGUGGCUCCUGAGAGUGCCCAUGCUGCAUUUGACAAAGCAGCUCAUUAUUUUGGGAUGAAGAUUGUACGUGUUGCGGUGGACAAGAACAUGGAGGUGAAUGUGCGGGCAAUGAGAAGAGCCAUCUCCAAGAACACAGCUAUGCUGGUGUGUUCUGCCCCACAGUUUCCUCAUGGUGUGAUUGAUCCUAUUCCUGAAGUGGCCAAGCUGGCUCUCAAAUACAAAAUACCUUUUCAUGUGGAUGCUUGUCUGGGGGGCUUCCUCAUUGUCUUCAUGGAGAAAGCGGGGUACCCACUGAAGAAACAGUUUGAUUUCCGGGUGAAAGGUGUGACCAGCAUCUCAGCAGAUACUCAUAAGUACGGAUAUGCUCCCAAAGGCUCAUCAGUGGUGUUGUACUCUGACGAGAAGUAUAGGAAGUACCAGUUCUUUGUUGGUGCAGAUUGGCAAGGUGGCAUCUACGCAUCUCCAAGCAUGGCUGGCUCACGGCCUGGUGGCAUCAUUGCGUCCUGUUGGGCUACCUUGAUGCACUUUGGUGAGAACGGCUAUGUUGAAGCUACCAAACAGAUCAUCAAAACUGCUCGCUUCCUCAAGUCAGAAUUGGAAAACAUCAAAGGCAUCUUCAUUUUGGGGGAUCCUCAACUGUCAGUUAUUGCUCUGGGUUCCCAUGAUUUUGACAUCUACCGACUAUCUAAUAUGAUGUCUGCGAAGGGGUGGAAUUUUAACUACUUGCAGUUCCCCAAAAGCAUCCACUUCUGCAUCACGUUAGUACACACUCGGAAGCGGGUGGCAAUCCAGUUCCUAAAGGAUAUUCGGGAAUCGGUCACACAAAUCAUGAAGAAUCCUAAAGCUAAGACCACAGGAAUGGGUGCCAUCUACGGCAUGGCCCAGGCAACUAUUGACAGGAAUCUGGUUGCAGAAAUAUCCUCCGUCUUCUUGGACAGCCUUUAUAGUACCGAUCCUGUGACUCAGGGCAGCCAGAUGAAUGGUUCUCCAAAGCCCCGCUGAACUUUGACCCUUGUUAAUUCCAUGGAGCUUCAGGCCUUCAGAAGGUUCUUGGCAUUUGGAACAGAACAUGCACAACUUGACAUCUGGACCUGCUCCUGAGAGCACAAUACGAUAAACCAUAAGAUAGCUUCAGCCUCAGGACUCCUUUUGUUUCCUUUUGUGGCUUUUAAUUUGAAGACCCUGAAGGAUUCCACUGCGCAAUGAGUCUGCCCUGGUUAAAAUGUUACCCUAAAAAUUGUUUUAACCAUAUUCCCCUCUAACAUCUUUAGCAGCAUCUUCACGUAAUCAUUGUAUGGUGGCUCUGACCUGUCCUGAUUUCCUAGGGAAAGUGUGAGAUAGCAAGAGGAUGUCUUUGCUAUCUCAGUCCGAUGGUUUGGCUCUCAGGCAGGAGGCAUUUAUGUACUGUGUUCCCCAGGUGGGUGUUUCUAUGUCCCUAGCAGGAGGUUAUUUCAGCCUCUGCUUCAGGAGAUGUCACUUGACUCUCAGGAUCACCUUCAUUGCAACUCGUUUUACUUUUCCAAGCACAGGUUGGCCAGGUCAUUGACCUCUUUUUUUUUUUUUUUUGCAUAACUGGAGCACAUUCCCUUAGCAGGGUUUGAAGUGCUCCUUUGUCUUCUGUGCAUGACCUUGGUUGCUACCAUCAGUGGAGAAGCCUGUUGGCAGUGAUACUUCUCCAUGUUCCUUCUACACUGUAGGAUAGGAAAGGAAGAUGUUUUCAGAGACUCCAGGGCCUUUUUGGCUGUGGUGCUGCCUGUGGAUAGGGGUAGAUCACACCUGAGCCCUCUCCCGGGCCCGAUGAGCCGAAACCAGACCCUUCCCCAUAUUUUCUUGAAUAGCAGUGUAGGUAAACACCUAUGCGCACAUGUGGGUGGGGUCUUCCCUUCCUCAUUGCCUUAAUCUAUCAUGUAAUGAGAAUCUGUUUUUAUUGAAGGAAAUACUCCCCAAGUGUCCUUGAUUUUCCUCAGUGGUGUGAAGAUGUACAGGGCACCCUUUCUCUAUCAGUGUGUUCUUCGUGCCUCUUCCCCCGAUUCAGCUUCCAAAGGUACGAUGGCAUUUUAGCUACAGGUACUGGAUGCUCCUCAGCCCCUGCUGAAAGGAAGCUGCGUAGGACAAGAGAGGCAUUUGGGGGUAGAAAGGCAUGGCUGCAGCCAUUACACCUGGGGCCCGGGAUUCCUUCACAAGACUUGAUUGCCCAGGGCGAUAUAGGGCCAGAACCAACCCCUGUGCCAGCUUCCCACUUGCUUCUCCCUUUUAGGGAUGGGGGCUCUGAUCUAGGCCGAGCCCCUGUCCUCCUCCGAUGAUCAUACCAUGUGCCUUUCUCCCCAGCAGUGAGUGGUAAACUUACUCAUCACCCAGGUCCUGGCAGAAAUGGACCAGUCUUUGAGGUGUGUCUGCGUGUAGGACAAGUCAGCAGGAGCCUUUCUCUGUUCCCUCCCCUUCUCAGGGAUUCCUGAGUAUUGCUGGCUGUGAGAGAGCCAAACCACCAGGCUCUUCCUCACCUUCCUUCGGAAGUGAUCCUCAGCACUGUUCUGACCCCAGAACUGUUACUAGCUGGCUCAUUGCAUAGCGAGUGUGUAUGUCCACUUCCCUCCUGUAUGCUCUAUAGUGCACUGUGGGGUUCAGGGAUGCUUGGUGCUCGCUCGUGUCAGAAAGAGGCUGAGUUUCCGAGCACUUCCAGUGGUUAGCACUAUGUAAGACUCAUCUCUGGGUCUACAGUACAUCAUGCUAGAGAGGUCCAGGGACCACCCAGCAGGCACCACUGGCUUGCCAGUGCUUAAAAUGGAGAAACAGGUCCCCCAUAGCCUCAGAGGACCUGAUGGGCUCCCUUCCUUUGUGACAGUGCUGGUAUGGGUGAUGGUGUUUUUCAGAGGGACCUGCUGUAGCUACUUUAUGAUUAGGAACUUUAGUGUGACUUCAGGCUAUCACUGUGUGUGUCUUCGUGUGUGCAUGCCAUGCCUAGCUGGUGUCAGGGGUGGGUGGGGUGUCUAGCAUCAUGUGGCUUAGUAGGUGCCACAGUGGCUUCUGCAAACACCGUACUGUCUAGUUUCUGUAUUAGACGUAGGUAGUACUGUGAAUAUACUGCCAUGUCACGUUUAAUAUCACCAGUUUUAUACUCGGAAAUGGUACUUGCCUCUUUGAAAACUGUUUCGUCUUCUCUAACCUUCCCAUCAUCUCCAUGCCCUUUCCUGACUGCCGCAAUAACUCUUAAACAGUUUAAUAAUUAAAUAUCCCAAACUAUUAA